CGAAUAUUCCGCGGUCAUUGGCUGCCUUAAAAGUGGCCAUCUGUAGACGAUAGCCGAAAUGCCAGGGUGGCAGACGGGGUGUCUAAUUUCGCUGAAGGUGGUAAUCAGCCCUGGACGGUUUGUCGAUGCGUGCAACGUAGGUGGAACAUUGGAAGAUCUCUGCCACGGCGAACCCCGCUCAGGACGAUUCAACUAUCACUGACCCUACUGUGCGGUAGACAUCAUGAAGCCGUUAGCCUCACUUAUCCGCCGGCACCUACCUAUCUCGCCCAUAUUCAAGACCGCCGCCGAGCCAGACCCGAGUCGAGGAGGCGCAGAGGGCCGGCAGACCCAGCAGCGAGAGGCGCCAUCAGGGGAUUCGAAGAACCAAUCCGCCAAGAGUGUUCCGACCUCUGGCUUUGAGCUCAUAAAUUCUUCGACGAAACUCGAGGAAGAGACGUACUCGUGGCACUCGGUCAAGUCGUUCUACCCGGCCGCCAUAGGCGAAAUCCUCAACAACACAUACCAGGUCAUCGCCAAACUGGGCUACGGCAGCGCUUCCACAACAUGGCUUUGCCGCGAUCUCCGGAACCAUCGCUAUGUCACCAUCAAGAUCUAUGCCACGGGCGAGGCUCAGACGGCCCGCGAGGUCAUUGCCCUCAAACAUAUAAACUGGGUGCUCGCGAACUUGCCGCCCAAUAAGCACCUGGGCGCGAGGAGCAUCCGCACGCUGAUAGAUCAGUUCGAGAUCCCGCGCCCGGCGUCGUCGCGCUUAAACCUUUGCCUCAUUUUCGAACCGCUCAGCAUGUCCGUCGGUGAUGUGAGGAAACUAUUGUAUGACGGCCGAAUGCCCAUCAACAUGGUGAAAUCUGUCGCCUUUUACGUGCUCCAAGCCCUUGAUUUUCUCCGUCGCAAGGCCAAGCUUGUCCAUGCAGACAUCAAAGAAGACAACAUCAUCUUCGCUGCCGCGCAAAACUCAGAGUGGCGCCAGUUCGAAGACGCCGAGAUGGCCGAGCCCAGCCCGCGCAAAGUCUAUAAGCACCACGCCAUCUAUUCAAGUAGGGUGUCGGGCCUCCCGACACCAUCGAUACCCGUCCUGUGCGACUUUGGCGAAGCCCGGUUUGGGAAGGAGUCAUACGGCGAACACGCCAUGCCAGACCUUUACCGCGCCCCUGAGAUUCUUCUGCGCAUUGAGUGGGCUGAGAAGAUUGAUAUCUGGGCGCUGGGGCUCGUGCUGUGGGCACUGACCGAAGGGACGAAUUUCUUCAACGACAACAAAGGUGGCCGCUGGAAAUCGGCCCUGCCUCAUAUGGCCCGCAUGGUCAGUCUCCUGGGCCCGCUGCCACAAGACUUGUUGGACCUGACGCCCGUGUCAAGGGAAUUCUUUGACAAGUCCGGGCGUCUCAGAAAAGGGCAUCAAGUCAUCGAGACGCCACUGGAAGCCGAGGCGACGGCCUUGGAAGGGGAGGCCAAGGCCAGCUUUCUGCGGUUUCUCAGACGAAUACUUCAAUGGGACGCCGACAAGCGGCCCUCUGCACAAGAGCUGCUCAAGGAUCCGUGGCUGGUUAUCUCGCAGGAUGAUUCGGAGUCGGAAGAGGGAAGGCAAGAGGACGCAAGCACGUUAGUAAUCAUGCGGCAUAUCUGAGUAUGCUGCUCCUUUGCUCGGGGCCACAUGAAUCUACGCCCAGGUUGAAG